AACGGCGCGUGCAACAGAUUAAUACCAACGCAGAGCUUGGAAUAGCGUAAAACAAGCAUGCUUAGCAUGUCAGCUAUGCUAUGUUGAUAACCAAGUCUUUAAAAGGAAAACGGAAUUGUGAUUAAAGAACCAGAAAGAAUCUGAUUCGUCAAGGGAAGGUAUAUAAGCGAGUGGAAACUACUGACGGCAGACAGUAACAAAGAAGCUAUUGGUCAUUUAAAGAGUGUGACGUACGUACAUUGAACGACUGAUUCAUAGUAAAGACAUACUACGUCGCGGACGGCACUGGAAUCACAACCAAAUGUGUCUAUGCGUCAUUCUGUGGCCAGAUUCUUCAACCAGAGGAACUCUCCAAGCACUGCAGACAGUCCGACAGUGAGCUUUGAAGAAGAACUUUGAACCCAGCAUCACAACAAGCUUGUUUCAACUCCAUUCAACCGAAAAUGUUGUUAGCAAAUACACUUUUGUUCCUUCUUCUUCCGCUAGCUUUAGUUGGCGCCAUAUCUCACGAGGAAAAGCCUGAGAAUAUCCCACCAAAAUCAGAAAUUGUAUUUCGAAUAAAAAGACUAAUGCAGAUGCUGCGAGACAGGAGGAAACAAGAUGUGGAAAAGGUACGAGAAGUACAAGAAGCACUCAGCUCACGGUCCAUGAUAGAACGACGGAGGCAACUCGAAGAGGUACUUCGAGAAAAUCCUGGUCUCAGCGCUCUCAUCAAAAAUUCUUUGAACAAACGCAGAGAGGAAGAAGUCAGGAUGCUCGAAAACGACCCCCGUCGUCGCUGCAGACCCGGUAUCUUCUUCUGCAAGAAGUCACGAGAUCAAGUCUCCACCGAAGAUGCAGCGUCACUUAAAAAGCUAUCAAAACUUGACGAUGAAAUCGGUAAACGAAGACGAUGUCGACCUGGUCUUUUCUGGUGUGAUAAAAACGACGCGACGGCUACUACCGACACUCAGACUCAAAAGAAAUCGUUAGAUUUACCGAAAAUUAAGGAUGACAUGAAGCAAGAAACUAAACAAGACGUAAUUGACAGAAUAGUGAGCAUCAUCAGCAAAGAGCAAGAAGAUCCUCAAAAACGAAGGAGGUGCAGGCCUGGAAUGUUCACCUGCGUCCAACGUGACGAGGACAGGAACGUAGAAAUUCUCAGAGUGCCAGCAGAUAGCCCCAGGGCGGGAGAAAAGCUUGCUGACGAUCUGAUGGAAAGCGUAAACAAGAAGAAUGCCAAAGACAGCGACGACUCCCCACAAAGCGAGAAAACCAGUUUCGAUGUCAAACAAAUAACCAAGAUUCUCGAGAGCUACAAAAGAUGAACAACAAAUCCAUCACUAUAGCAAACACAUAGCAUAGCUCAAGUGUACCCAUGAAGAAGGAUGGGGCGGCCAAGGCCAUUAAUAAACGAUAAAUAACACAAUGGAAAGUUGAUUGGUUUGUUAGUUAGAAUGAACAAGUGUGUACGUAAAACAAAUCGGUAAUAUUUAAAAAUAGAUCUAGACAAGAAAUGAGAUAACAUCAGGACAUUCCCAGGUUGCCCUUUCGAGCAGGCUCUCAACUAGAUUAACUUAUAAAUAAAUAUUUUAUUAAUUUUAUUAUAAAUCUUAUUUUUGCUCAGUUUUUCUUUGAUUUCUGUAACGUAUACUCAAUAUUUUUCUUUGGAUUAAUUUGACCAAUAAAUUUAUAAAAAGGAUUCGACAUUUGAUCAAACAAAGUAUCAUAUUCAUAACUUUAUUUUUGGGUCUGGCUGCUCUGUCUUUCAGUCACGUGUUUGACUACGAUGAGGUUCUGAAUCUUUAUGGCUAUGGUAUAGUCAGUGAUAUAUAUAAAUAUAUUUAUCAAUAUAUAUGUUCUACGAAGCAAGGCCGCUAAACGAGUCAACUACAGCUAAAAUACCAGGACUCCAUAUACCAUAGUCACUAUAUAUUUGCAGAUAAAUGUGAUGUUACAGUUAAUAUAUUUUUUGAAUAUUUCUUUUGCACCAUUAUUGCUUUUCUGGAAAAUUUGUUGCUGAAUCGCAGGGUCCUCAGAGUGGAUAUUGGAUAACUACCGUUUUCCCGCCUUUUGUUUUCAGUGCAGAAAUAUUGAUGUGUGGCAAAGGGCACAUGCGACGUCACAUCCGCCACGUUGGAGUAAUUUUGUUUCCACCAAUUAUUCGUAACACUGUUGCUGAAAUGUUGAAGUCUUCGAACAUGACGUCAUAGACGCCAUGUUGAAUGAAUUUAAUGUAUGAAUUUAAGAUCUGUUUUCUUUUUCUUCGUUUUAUACUCCAACAAGUCGACCAGCGUCUUGCCAUUACAUCCUGCGCACAAAAAGUCAUUGCCUGUAACAUCACCUUAAGAAUCAGAACUUCACUAAAAUAACAUGCCAAUAUAGGCCCUUAUAAACUUAGGAAACAAGUGAAACACAUAUACAAAUGAAAAGAGUAUUAUAAAAUAACUGUUAUUAA